AUGAGAGAUGAAAACUGCAAGAAAACCAAGGUUUCUUGGCCUAAAACCCUCAAGAGAUGGUUUAAUAUCAAGAGCAAAGCUGAAGAUUUCCAUGCUGAUGAUUUCAGUUCUGGAGGUGGAGAUGAAGAAUGGAGGAACAAUUUCCAUGAAAGAGAAACCUGCAACAUCAAGAAAAACAAAAGAACAGAGAGAUCAAGCAAGAAGAAUCGAAAUAAGGUUGAUCUUGAUGCUGCCCAAGUGAGGGAUGUCGAUAAUUAUAGGAUCUUCGUAGCCACCUGGAAUGUCGCCGGAAAAUCGCCAACCGGUGGUUUGAAUCUUGAAGAUUGGUUACACACUUCACCUCCUGCUGACAUUUAUGUUCUUGGGUUUCAAGAAGUCGUUCCUCUAAACGCUGGAAACGUAUUGGGGACGGAAGACAACGGGCCGGCUAAAAAAUGGCUAGCGCUCAUACGGAAAACGCUUAACAGUCUUCCGGGAACAAGCGGUGGAUUCCACACCACCUCACCGGUCCCCGAUCCAGUUGUGGAGUUAGACGCAGAUUUCGAAGGAUCCACGAGACAGAAAACCGCGUCUUUCUUCCAACGUCGGUCUUUCCAAUCGUUGAGUCGUAGCAUGAGGAUGAGGGAGAGCGAAAUGGCACCACCACAGCCGCAGUUCGAGCGCCGAUAUAGCGUAUGCGAUCGUGCCAUGUUUGGAGACCGGCCGUUGGAUUAUGAACCUUAUUUCCGAUGGGGUGGUGGAUCUUCAGAUGAAGAUAAUGGGCCCGAUGAUUCACCUAACGACACACAUUACUCACAAAUCCCGUUUAGCGGAUCUUUUUUGAUUGAGGAUAGCGAUAAACCGACCGGAAACUCGAGAUAUUGUUUGGUUGCAAGCAAGCAAAUGGUUGGAAUAUAUCUAACAGUUUGGGUAAAGAGGGAUCUUAGAGAUAGUGUUAGAAACAUGAAAGUUUCUUGUGUAGGUAGAGGAUUAAUGGGCUAUCUAGGAAACAAGGGUUCGAUCUCAAUUAGCAUGUCAUUGCACCAAACAAGCUUUUGCUUCAUUUGUAGUCACUUGACUUCGGGCCAAAAGGAAGGCGAUGAGUUGAGGCGAAACUCGGAUGUUAUGGAAAUUCUGAGAAAAACUCGGUUUCCGAGAGUGCAACGAAUGGGAGAUGAGAACUCGCCUCAAACGAUCCUCGAUCACGAUCGGAUUAUAUGGCUUGGCGACUUGAAUUACCGAAUUGCCCUUUCAUACCGAGCUGCUAAGGCACUUGUAGAGAUGCGUAAUUGGAGGGCAUUGUUGGAAAAUGAUCAGCUUCGAAUAGAACAAAGAAGGGGGCGAGCGUUCUACGGAUGGAACGAAGGGGCGAUAUAUUUCCCUCCAACUUAUAAAUAUUCAAAUAACUCCGACCGAUACGCAGGCGAUGAUAUGCACCCGAAAGAAAAACGAAGAACUCCCGCAUGGUGUGAUCGAAUAUUAUGGUACGGUAACGGACUCCAUCAAAUGUCGUAUGUUCGUGGGGAAUCAAGAUUUUCGGAUCAUAGACCCGUCUAUAGCAUAUUUCUAGCGGAAGUUGAAUCUAUCAACCGUAACCGAAUCAAGAAAAACUCAAAUUGUUCUUCGCGGAUUGAGGUCGAAGAACUACUUCCAUACUCACGCGUAUAUGGCGAUCAUAACUUAUACUGAGGAUUCGCUUAGCAUCGAAGCAAGCAUUUUGCAUUUCUUGAAGAAACCGAAGAACACGAAUUCUGUUUUCCGGAUUCUGCUCGUACGAGUACCAGACCACCGUUGUUA